AUGAGUAGGAACUACCUGUCUAAAAACGAUGAGCUUCGCAGAGGAGACUACCUGAUUUCCAACAACAAGAAGUGGAAAGCUGUCUUCCAAGUAAGUUGUCCAUAAUUUUUGCUGUUUAGAAAUCUAAUAAGAUUAAUUUUCAGGAGGUCUCUGUUGACCUAGUGGUCUAAUGCUGCGGUCACUGGUCAUAAUGGGAAUUGUGGCUCUAGUGGUUCAAGUCAUUUGGCCCAGCUCAGCAGCAAGAACCAAGUCUUUUAAAUUUAAGCUUUUUGGCUUGGUGAUAUUUUGUAUUUCUGACCGUGAGGAAUAGACUAAUGUUGGCAAAAAAACAAACAUUUGUUAUUACAGGGAUGUGGGGAUGUAGAAUCCCCACAUGUAGAAUCUACUAAGGCUAUCAUCCUUACUGCAGCGGACAUUUGUCGUAGUGGGAAUGGCCCUAAUGGUUGAAAUAAUUUGGCCCAGCAGCACCAUAUUGGCUUUCAUCAAAUCUGCCUUUUUUUUUUUGUAAACAAUGUUGUGACCUCUGAUUGGUGUGAGUUAGGGUCUCUGUGGAUUCCUGAAAAACAUCACUUGUCAAUUAUUCACUUCCCAGCUGUGACCCUCUGCUACAUUUUAUCCCUCAUUUUCUACAGAUCUAUAACUGCCAGAUGUCUCUGUUUCUGCCCGCAGGAUGAUGGUAACUUUGUCAUCUAUGGCUGGACGCCCGUGUGGACGUCAGACACGUACGGAUCGGAUGCUUUUCGCCUCUGCAUGCAGGCCGACUGUAACCUGGUCAUGUACAACAGGGGUGACGUUCUGCGGUGGCACACAAACACAAACAUCAAGAGUGAGAGCAGCAGGUGCCGUCUUCAGCUGACUGAUGAAGGCAGACUGGUGGUGUGCAGGGAAUCUGAAGAACUGUGGAGCUCUGCGAACUCCAAAGGCAUGAAACAAUAAUUUAAUAUCAGCAGAAUUUUAAAAAGUGAAGGCAAGUUGAAGCCCUCUUUGGAGAAAAUAGCUGUAACUUUGACAACAAUGUAAUCUGCAAUUGAAUAAAAGCGAAAUGAAAAUUGUGUCUUUUUUUACUUUAAUUUUGUUAAAGUGGUUCUACAAUGAAAGCAAACAUGAACAUGGUAGUAGUGUUUCCAGCAUGUUGGUUAUCAUAUGAAAUAUUCCCAGGUUUAAUCCAGAACCACUAGAUGGCAGGCUAGAUGUAUGCGAAGACGCAGCUCUGCAUGACCGCUUAAGGCAUAGAUACGACUAGUACUACCACUUAGAAACUUCACUCUCAAUACCAUAUCCAUCUGCAAUGGACUCAGAAAGAAAAAUAGUUUUAUUUUAACUCAAUAGUAUUAAUCUAUUACAUUAUAUCUUAGAGCUACAGUUAAGAUAGAGAUCAUCAGUCCACUCGGGCUCCAGUGUGGAUCUACCUGGCUUCACUCUCAUAAGGUCAGACAGAGAAGCUCAAGCUAGUGGCAAGAAGAAAGGAGGAGGUCCGGCUUUAUUUGUCAACCAGAGAUGGUGUAACCCUUCACACAUAACUGUAAAAGGACAAGUUGUGUUGUCCAGGUAUUGAACUGUUGGCAGUUACUCUUGGGUCAUAUUAUGUUCCAAGAGAAUUAAGUCAUAUCAUCACAAUACUUGUUUACAUCCCACCCAAGGCAACGGCUGAAGUUCCAUGUGAUCGUUUGCAUAAUAGUGUUGCCAGGAUACAGACUCGACACCAUGAGGCACUAAUAAUAAUGCCUCAGGAUGUAAUAAAAGCCUUCAGUGACCGGAGUCACAAAAACUGCCUCCUCCUCAACACCUGAAAGACAAAGGAGAUGGUCAUAGACUUCAGUAGAUCCAAACCUUCUCUUCAGCCAGUGAACACCUGUGGAGUGGACACUGAAGUGGGGAUAUCAUAUAAAUACCUAGGUGUACAUCUGGAUAAUAAGUUGGACUGGUCUAAGAAUAUAGACUACAUCUACAGAAAGGGGCAGAGCCGCCUCUUUUGCCUGAGAAGACUCCGAUCAAUAGACAUCUGUAGUAAGAUGCUGCAGAUGUUUUAUCAGUCUGUGGUGUCUACAGUGUUCUGUUCUACGCUGCAGUCUGCUGGGGAGGAAACAUCAAACACAAAGAUGCAAGACUUCUGAACAAACUGGUGAAAAAAGCCGGCUCUGUGGUAGGACUCAAUCUGGACUCAGUGGAGGAUGUAGUGGAGAGAUCUGCACUGAGGAGGGUGGAGACUAUUCUCAAGUACAUGGAUUACCCACUUCACAACACCUUGAUGGACCAAAGCUCCAAAGGUGGUGGACGGCUCCUCUCUCUUCGUUGCAGGACAGAAAGAUUCAGAAGAUCUUUUGUACCAACAGCCAUCAGACUUUACAACUCUUCUUAGAGACAUGACAAAUGAGACGACAGACAAAUUAAUUUUCCAUCGAGGAUCAAUAAAGUUAUUCUUAUUCAUUUAAUUUAAAAUCCCAAUUCUCAAAAAGUUGAGACAGUAUGAAACAAAAUUCAAUCAUGUGCAGAUCACUUACCCUAGAGACAACAUAUUUAUUGUUGAAGCUGAAUUUUUUAUUGAAAAUGAAGAAAUAAACACCCAAUUUAAUUAAAUUUGAUUCCAAUAACUCAUUUCAGGAGGGUGGAGCAGGGCCGUUUUGGCUCUCCUCUCACUCCAAGUGCAUUUCUUUGAGUUUAUAUUUCUUUUGAAAGUUUAGAACAUAACUAGAGCUGUAGCUGUAUGGGCUACAGCAUCGCUAGCAAGUUUGAUUGCUGACUAGUCAGGCUUUGCGAAUAAGAUAGCUUGCAAUCCACUUAAAUGGAGAUUGCAUUCACCAUAGUGUUCUGUAUACAAUACAUGCCCUUAUAUGUUCAAUCAGCCCGAGACAAGACAGCAUGACUUUGUUCAAAUUUGUUGUCUGAAUUGUUGCUGUUUUGGUUCCAACUUCACCAUUUCCUCUUACGGUUAAAUGUUGGUGGUGAGUAUUUCACAAGCAGGUGGUCAGGAGGUUCAUGUGCUUCUGCCUUUCUUUCUUUGAAAAUGACUUUGUACAUCUGGUAAAUUUCAGAGUUUAGUGCACAAAUGAAUCAUCUUAAAUGCUAACAUUCACCAAGGUGCGUGAAAUGAAAGCCUUUAUUUGGUUAACUUCACUCAGUUUUCAUUAACUUUAAAUUGAAACUUGUAGUUUACGUGUUUCCCUGUUUUAAUGCUUAUAAUUGCUGUGAGGGGGUAGUUUCGGACCAGAUGUUUGACUGCUGGUUUCAUAAACUUUAACUUGAAUUUAAAUUUCUUGGUUAGUCAAAUAAUACUUGAUAAUAAAAAAUGGUAGUUUUGGUUGGUUUCAUCCUGUGCCAAAAUGCACUGUGGGUGUUGAUCUAUUUACAGCAGAGUUGGACAGAGUUAAAUAGUUUAUUUUUUGUGUUUUUAUGCCUCCCAUGAGAGGACAGGACAAUGGAUAGACAAGAAAACAGAGAGAGAGCGAGGGAUGACGUGGAAAAGAUCUACAGGUUGGCCGUAGACUGAGAGGACUUUUGGCCUGACCAUGACCCAUAUGCAGACACUGUGGUACUUGUUGUGGUAGUGGCUUGUUUAAGUAAAAGCUAUAUUUUUUGUUACCUUUAAAAAACAAGGUGUCCACGAGUGAAAAUGAAACAUUUUUAAUAACUUAAACAAAAUAGACAUUAAUUGAAACAGUAAUUCAGCAUGAUUCUGCAAAAACAGGUGGUAAAGAGGUCAUGCCAAAUGCAUUUAUUUCCUCCCCUGUAGAAGGUUAUAUAAACGAGUUGCCUGCUGUGAAUUUCAUCACCUCCACUUGCUUCCUACAGUACUUGUGUUGAAUAUUGGAGCCUGUUAGUACUUUUAAACUUCUGCUUUAUUCUUUUGUAACGAGUACACCACACUCAUGUGUUUCGAAAUUAUUGAAUCACUCUUCAACAGGUAACAAAGAAAUAUUCAUUUACUAUCGGUGUGGUGUAAUUGCAUUGUUUGUGAUUUUUCCAGUUGCUACAUUAAAUCUGUUUUUUUUUUUUUUUCCUUUUUGUCUCAGAACCACAAGUAAAACCGAAAUUGGCACAAAUGAUAAGCUCUGCAAAGGAGAAGUCCUGAUGUCCAAUAAUGAGCUGUGGAAGGCUGUUUUCCAGGUAAGUGAAUCAGGGUUUUGCGUUUUUUUUAUUUUAGUGUUGGAAAUGGUAAUUUUACUGACUGUUGGUCGUCUCUAAUCUCGAGUGCAGAACGACGGUAACUUUGUGAUCUACGGCUGGAAGGCUAUGUGGGAUUCAGACACUUGUGGAUCAGAUGGUUCCCGUAUGGUCCUGCAGCCUGAUGGUAACCUGGUCCUGUACAACGAGAGUAGAGAACCCAGGUGGAGCACAGACACAAGUACUGAACAUGCACAUCUGAAUUGCCGUCUCAAGCUGACCGAUGAAGGAAACCUGGUGUUGUUCAAAGAGAAUGUUUUAGAAUGGAGCUCUGCUGACUCAAGAGGCAAAAAAUGAACAAACGAGUCAGAGAACCUUGUGAAAUUGAGUACAAAGAAACUCUUCACCGAGUAUCUGCAUGAAUUUCAUUUGACCUUCCUGAAAUGUAAUCAGCAAUCUAAUAAAAUCAGGUCUUAAAGAGUAAAACUUGUUUGUCAAUCAUUUGGACAGCUCAGUUGAACAGUUUCACUUUAAGCUUGAUGUAUGUGUUAUUAAGCCAAGGCUCCAGUAUAACUAAGUAAAAUCCUUAUAAAUCUUCAUAACUAUAAAGACGAUUUUUUUCAGACCCUAUACUUCCUCUCUGGUACCUCUUCAAUAGCUUUACGUAAUUUUCAGAUUUAAAAAACAAAGUGUUUCUCACUCUUGUGUAUUAGAGCACCACUAUUUCAGCCUCCAUCUAAAAUGCUUUCUUCUUUCUGCUGUCUCCUGAAGUAAAAGGAUGUCGUUUUUUUGUACAGCAUAUAUAGGGGAGACCGGGGCUUGUUGUCACAUGGGUAAGUUGUGACAUUGUAAUUAUCUUUGCCACCAGAGGGCGCAACUAAAAAGUGGAUUACGAUGAUGUAUUGAUUCCAAGAAAUAUAAAAGAGUUUAGAAAGUGUGACAACAAGCCCCGGUUUCCCCUACUUCAAAAUCAUUUUCCUGUGUUUUGAAUGAGGCUGUGUGUCCUGUCAAGACAGCAUCAAAGGAUCAAAAAAUACUAACUAUACUUUGUAGGGUAAGUGCAACAGAAAAUAUUUCAGCUAUGAAAAACAUAUGAAAGUACACAGAUACCAAGUUUAAUUCUUUCUGCUAAGAUAUUUUUGGUCAUCCAGACAUCCUCAGUAAUGACUACAAUGCUUGCAUACUAAAGUCAAAAUGCCAAAAAGCCAUAUUUGGUUUUGAUAAAGAAAUAUAUUUCUCCAUCUAGCUGGAAGGAAUUCAGUAUGUUUCUGCUGAGACCAGGGCGACUGUUUCAGAACCAUAAUUCUUGGACUGCAUCUCUGGGACCUUGUAGUUUGCGACAGAUAGGGUUAGGGUUAUGUAAGUCCUCAACGAUCCAUUGCUCUAGAAGGUGGUACAUUGCAUCUUCUCGGGAUUUCAGGCUCAGAAAUAUGGUCUUGAAUCAGCAGUCUUUAGAUCUGCAGGUAUAUACUUCUCAGAGUCGGAGCAAGUUCAAACUGAAGCCAUAUAUUGUAAGUGCAACGAGGGACCACAGAUGGAGCAAUCAUUCAGUCUGUUUUCACAACAGUUAAAAUUAUCUGACUGGACCUGUGAAAAUACUUGUAGGUUUUCAGGUGCUUUGUCUGUUUUGUUUUUUUUUCUUUAUCCUAUCAGCAGCAACACCUCCAUCGUCUGACUGCCAGAGAAUUUCUUUUUUUUAUUAUGUGGUAAAGAGGGCAUGCCAAUCCUCUUUCUCUCCACCCCUAUGGAAAGAAUAUAUAAAGGAGUCACCUGUAGUGACUUUUACCACUUUUACUUACUUUCUACAGGACUGGCAUCAUCAAUCAAAGCUUGUAAGUACCUUUACACUUCUUUUUUUAAAGUGGUUAGUAAGGAGUACUGCGCAGUUAUGAAUGUAUUAGAUCACUCAUCAACACGCAACAAAGAAAGAUUUUCCUUCAAUCCAAAUCUAUGAUGUAAUGGUUCGAUAUAUCAGGGAAAUUCAGCAGUCCUGGACCGUCAAACAAGAGCAGUCAGUUCCAAGAAACAAAGAGAGGCACUCCUCUCUCUUCCCCCUUUUUUCUCCUCCUCCGACUUCUAGAAGGUAUAAAAAAAGGAGUGAGUUUCAGUCGUUGCCCUCUCCUCUUUUGCCUCUGCAUCAGUCUGGCUGAAGUUGGAUGCUAAAGCCUGUACGUACUCUAAACAAUUGUAGUUUAGCUGAUCAGCAGGUGUUCAGCAAGCGAAGUUUAAUACAUGACAAAAUUGUUGCCGUUUAGUUUUAUUCAUGUGUCGUGAAAGUAAAAUAUAUAAGAGUUGCAUGUUUUUGUUUUUUUGUGUGAAAAAAGUAGAUAUUCAGGAAAAUUAAGUACUACUUAGUAAAAAAAAAGAGAGUGUACAAAUUAGAUGGCAAACAGAUCAAGAUAAACAUGUUUUUUAUGCAUUUUCAGUCUUUUACAUGAAUAAAACUCUUAUUUUGUUUAUGUCGCAGAAUCAUGAGCAAAAACUUCUUGGCCAAAAAUGAGGAGCUCUGGAACGGAGAAUACCUGAUGUCCAAAAACGGAGAGUUUAAGGCUGUUUUCAAGGUAAAACCUCACAACUCAAGGCAUCUUAUUAGAGCGUAAAUGCAGAAACUGAAUAAUAAGGAAGUAAAGUGUUAAGUAAGCCAACAAGUACUGCAAACUGAGCAUAAUUAUAACAGCUAAUUGUUUCUUUUUCCACAUACAGGAGGAUGGCAACUUUGUCAUCUACAAAUGGUCCCCUGUGUGGUCCUCAGACACGGUAGGAUCUGGCGUUGUCCGCCUGUGCAUGCAGGCGGACUGCAACCUGGUCAUGUACACCAAGGGCAACGACCCAAAGUGGCACACCAACUCAUACAGGCCUGAAUUCAACACGUGUCGUCUCCAACUGACUGACGACGGGAAACUGGUGGUGAACAAAGAUUGUGAAGAAAUCUGGAGCUCAGCCAAUUCCAAAGGCAUGAAGUGA